GACAUAAGAAAAGAGUUCGUGUCUGGACAGCAGAAGACAGAGCGAAGCAUCGGGUGUUGGAGAAAGAGCGUCGCGAAGCUUUCAGCGACAAUCUUUUGGCAACUACUUGCUCGCGCUAUACCUGCUCUUGAGGAUAUCAAAGAAAGCAAAUUGUCUAAGCAUACAAUCGUCGAGGAAAGUCUCAGAUACCAUCAGCUGCAACAUCAACGGAUAGAGGAACUGCAGAAGUCAGUCGACACGCUCGUAGCAGAGCGAGAUUCAUUGAUAGCGGAGGUCAACCAGUGGAGACGAGUCUCGAGCACAGUAUCAGAUAUAGUGGAGCCAGGUGAGCUGUGCAAAAGCAUAGCACGACAUGAUGCGACCGGCUUCGAGGAAGUGCCGGAUUAUACAGGC